AUGAUUUCCAUAUCCAGAGAAAAGCUCCUCAAACCAGGCGAGCUUUUAAAACUUCACACAACUUUUAGAAAUUCUCUUGUUUCUAUCGACACUCAGACAUCAAAUCUUCAAGCCAAAAUAAAAAACCAAAAUGACAUUAUAGCUCACAAAAAACAAAAAGGAGACCAAAAAGGAACUUCAUUCUGUAUAAAACUUAAAAAGUUUUACGAAAGAAAAAUGCUAAAUCUUGAAGACAAAAGAAACAAAAUCGAAGGAUUUUUAUAUGUAAUGGAAUGUAUAAGCUUGGGUAAAUUUACUGAAAAUAAGGGUGGGGAAGUUGAUACAUUUGAACGUUUAAAAACUGAGUCUGAGCAAUGUGAUGAGUGAAUAAGAAAAAUAACCCUAGAAAUCGGAGAACCAUAUGGGCAUUUAGAGAACAUCGACGAAGAUGAACUGCUGGAUGAAAUAGGCGGUGUUGAAGAGCAGGAAAUGAAGGAGUAUACAAGUAGUGAUGAAGAAGAAUCAAAAAUUUUUUUAUUUAAAUAA